UACUAAUCUGUAUGUGAUGCCCUCAUACUUCUAUGCAAUUAACUCGCAGCACUUCCCGCACCACCACACUUCUCUUCCCCUUGCGUGCUCUUGCCCUGCCCGCACCUCCCACAUGGUCUUCAUGGCCGCGCCGCCACCUGGCCCGCCUCUGGAAACCGGCACCAGCAUGCGACCGGCCAUGGAUCCGCUCGAGGGGUAAACGGAGCAGGGCGGCGGUUCUUGCCGGCGCCAAGGAGGGCGAACAGGAGAGCACCCCGGAGAUGUAUAAUUCCGUUGGCGCGCCGCCGCAUCUGAGGGCGCCAAGAAGCACGAUCUUGAGGGAAUUGACUGAUGGUGUGGGAUUGGUGGUCUAGAGCGGCGGGCGACCCGAAAGAACGAAAUACUCUGUUUUUGACGUUCUUCUUGGUUCUUUGGCGCAGGAACAGCCUGAGUCGGACUCGCAACACGACAUCCAUCGCCGCCGGAGCUGACGAUGGCGCCGGUUCAGAGGCCCUGUUCUUGGCACAUCGUCAUCCUCGGUGUCGGCGUCGGCGGAAGUCAGGCAUGAAGACGUCUCUGUGAUGGCCGGCGGCGAUCAGCUUGCCGGGCUGGGAGACGACCCGCAGCAGAAACAGGCUUGCUUCACGCAUGUUGAUCGGUACACGCCAUGCCGCCUGACUCCCGUCGCCGCCUGUUGUCGCGAAGCAGAAAGCAAUACUCCACGAAGUGCUCCGUCGCCACGGGGGCAUCGACUUCUGCCAGCGCAAUGGCCGCAGCCCGCAGGAGCAUUGAAUCCCGGAGGAAACGGUAGACACAACCGACGCUGAAAGCUUGCCGGAGCAUCUCAUGUAUGUGGCCUGCGGCUCCUCGGCUUGGAGUUGGUUAAGGGACGUCACGGGUCAGCCCAAGCGCCCGCACAGCGUCGAGACCUUCAGGAUCAGGGACGUGAGCCGUCACGCCGCCCGUGCCUGCGAGCUAUGCACCGCGAUCAGCCGCCUCAGACAAUUGUGCGGCGAAUCAUGUCAUCAGCUGCGGCCCCAGAAGAUCCCAACGGGAGCGGGAGGAUUUACGUCCUCAUUCUCGUUGUUCUUGGCGCUUCAUCAUGGUGUCAUGCAUGCUGUUCUACAUCGUCGCCCAGAAAAGCGAGUACGGCCUGUCGGGAGAGAAGCAGUACAAUGUGAGCAACUGAGCAUACACUUGUGAUGCAUUUUUCUGGUUUAUAGGUGUACGUGCGUUAUGAUCUGAUGGUGUUGUUUUUUCGUGUUGUUUCUGUUCUUCAGUUACGGUUAGUGAUAUGGUUCGGGAUUUAGCAAAAGGAUAUAGUUGCAUACUAGGGCUCGCAAAUAACAUUUGGGGGUCACACAAGGCCUUGCAAUAAUCCUUUAUCUGCACUUCGGGUUUUUUUGACGCAGUCCCUGUUAGAAUAUCACUGUUAUGUCUCGUUGUGCCUGAUGAUUUGGGCGAAGUGGAGGUCGCACACAUGCCGAUCUGGGUGCGCGUCCAUGACAUACCUCCGAUCAUGCUAGAUGAAGGUGUUGCAUGGAAGCUUGGGGCAGAGUUGGGAGAGGUGCUGGAGGUCGACACGGAUAGUAGAGGGAAGAUAUGGGGGGAUUUCAUUAGGAUUCACAUAAAUCAUGAUGUAGAUGAACCCCUUAGAGAUAGGAUAAAAUCUAGAGAUAUUCCUAGUGAAAAGGUGUUUUCCCUAGAGGUUAAGUAUGAGAGAGUGCCUCGAUUCUGUGGCUAUUGUGGUUAUCUUGGGCAUGGCCAACGCGACUGUAAGUUGCCGGAGGACCUCCAUGAGAUGAGGUUCACGGCAACAAUGCGAGCCUCCCCUUAUAAGAAAAGCAACAGUAGAGGGGGCUAUGUGGCUCCGGUGGCGAACAGCGCUCGCCGCCUUCUGAGUUUUGGGAGAGAAGUCCAGAGAGAGAGAAGCUCACACCGGAGCAGGACGAACCAAGAGAAGAUCCCCGAAGAGGUGCUGCUGAACCCACAAGUGCAGCCUGCCAUCGCCGCUGUUAGUGCACUCAAGGUCUCCGAUGAUGGUGGCUCAUCCAGAGUCCAGACACCUCCAAGGCCGACUAUGCUGCCAAAGUCCAAGGGGGGGAGGCCUAGUGAGGCCAAGCAAUCGGGUGCUGAUGGCGUCCUUACAGAGGAAGAGGGCAUAAAAUUGGCUCUGAGCCUGUCCCCUCCAUUUCAAGCGACAGACCCGGAACAGAUCGAUGGCGACACCGUAGCUGCUGCAAUGGAGGCCGCUCCUGGCCUUGCUGAGGGAAUUACGCCUGUGGCCAACCUCGACCCCGGUUUGGCUUAG